AUGGCUUCGAAACCAUGGAUAGUCGAGAUUUGCUCGAUAGACGUUUCCAGCCUUGAGCCCAAAGGCGCCACCACCAAACACAUGACCAAAACGUCGCCAGUGGUGAUCCCUCAACCCGCAAAACAACAGCCAAAGACUACCAGCACAUUCUCACACCUCUCCGAGACGUACGAGUCCACCUUUCCAGCAAUGCGUCUGUUCGCCGCCGACGCCAUCUCCCUGGCGCCGCCCAUCACCUCCUCCUCGGUCGUGCACGACAACGGCUGCGGCCCGGGCAUAGUGACGGCCGAGGUCCUGGCCCGCUGCCGCGGCGGCCACAACGUCGGCAAGCACCAGCACCACUUCCCGUUCCUCCCCACCGCCCACGAUGCUGCCGCUGCUCCCCCGCGGAUAGAGGCCACCGACAUAUCGCCCGCCAUGACGAGCGCGGCCGCCCGGCGCGGCCCGUCCGUCCGCGCCCAGGUCAUGGACAGCAGGCACCUGGCGGGGCUCGACGACGGCGUCUUCUCGCACUCCUUCUCGGGCUUCGUGGUCCUGGGCAUGUCCACGGCCGACGGCGCGCGCGUCGUCUCCGAGAUGCGCCGCACCCUCCGCCCCGGCGGCACCGGCGUCCUGACCGCGUGGGCCGAGCUGGGCUACGUCGAUCUGUUUGAGAGCGUGGCGCGGGCGGCGAAGCCCGAUGCCGAGGUGGACACGGCGCGCGCCGUCCUGAGCGAGCGCGCCCUGCGCGGGAUGCUGGAGCUGGGCGGCUUCUCGUCACGGUCGUCGCCGUUCAGCAUGAAGAGGAGCAGCACCGCCAUGUCCCGCCUGGCGCGGGCGAGGAGCAGGACCAAGCUCGCCGACGACGGCGGCGGUCCCAGCUCCGUGGUCGAGCUGAGGAGCAUCACGCGCUCCUUUUCCUGGUCGCUCUGGGCCACCCACGCGUACGACCACAUCCGCCGGAGCAUGUGCGAAGGCUAUACGGGAGCCGGGUGGAGCAGGCAGGACAAGGACCGGCUGGACGGCAUGCUGGCCGACCGGAUCAGGCGCCUUGCCGAGCACGGCGAGACUUAUCACAUGACGGCCUGGGUUGCCGUGCUCAGGAAAUGA